UUCAAGUGAAAAGAAGAAAUUAGCACCAUACCACCGGGUCACACUUUUGUGUGAAAAGAGAAAAUCGCUUAGAGUCUGCUCUACAAACCUUAGGUGGUGACCGAAUCGGCUAUAGUAUGGUGCUUCAAAAAUGAAAGAUCAGCAUCGUAAACAAUUCAAAUGAUGUGACUUCCAGCGAAAUCAAUAUCAGUAAACAGUUAAUAGUCCCUCAACAGGAGAGCCAGUAUUUAUAUCAAUAUCACUGUACGCUAAUGAAUCGUGUAACAGUCGAAUGUCGAUUAAACAAAUACCAAUGUUAAAUAGACGCUCAUGCAUGCACUGCACCCUAUAUAUUUAUAUCAGUUAUUACAAGCGAGGCCAUCUCAAAACGACGAUCAUACCGGAUAUCCCCGACUGUGGUGUAUGAUACCGAGCGAACAUUGGUCAGAUACGUAUUUCGGCUACGUGCAUAUGGAAAACGACAUGGUGGACGUGCGUAUCCAUGAUUUGGCCCCGCGCACUAAGAAAGAUUACAUCAAACAAAUCAUGUCGCAAUAUGGAGAAGUAGAAUCUAUCACGAAUGAUACCUGGAGAAAUUUUUUCACCGGCAUUCCCAACGGCGUUCGUAUUGUGAGGAUGCGAGUGACUAAACCAAUAUCUUCUUACAUGACUAUUGAAUGCAAAUCUCCGAAGGAUGGAGAGACCUAUAAGCAAACAACGCUAAUCACAUAUCCCGGGCAGACACCAACAUGCCAAUUCUGUAACCAUACAGCCCACUACGGAAAAACAUGCGCCGAAGCAACUAGUCAAAACUCACCUACUACAGCCAACUCUAACAAGCAGCCGCCGACACCUUCAGAUAAACCAAACGAUCCAACUAACCAAUAAUACAAUGACCACGACAACCGCUCCCAAACCAACGACUAGCAUCACCAAUAAAGAAGAAAAUACCGAUGACGGACGGAUUUACAACAGCGACCCGUAAGAACAAGAAACAAAUAAGAACCUCUGAUCGUGAAUAGCAAGAAAGCAGUACCGAUGAUGACAUGGACGGGAACGAGAACGCUAGAGAAGGCAAGCUGAAUGACCCCCAAGCAGCUUCACCGCCAAGGAAAAGGAUCUCAACACGCAGCAGCAAGCUGCGUUAACAAGAUCUGGAAGACCGACAUUCUUAGCAUUUUAUUUUUUUUAUUUUUACUUAUUGUAAAAAGUUGAAAGACCCACGACUCAGUUGUGCUAACGCAUUGAGCCGUUUGAAAUAAAUCUUUAGAUUAAAAAAAGCAA